GUAUAGACAGGCUGGUAUAACCUGCGGGCAAUGAGGUGCCUGGGGGUACCUUGUUGGCCACCCCCCCCCCUGCUACAGAGUGCACCAGCCUGAAGACCAGGAAGUGUUUUGCUGUAAAAGACUGGGGAUUGGCUAGCACGUGACAUCAGCUCUGAUAUAAAAUAGCUUUUUUCUUCGUCCUUCACUUUCGGGACCUUCUUUACCACCUUGGGAAUCUUCAGGUAAAUCGUGAUCAUGAUCGGCUCAAGCAAGCUAACGACCUACGUCUUGGCGCCACUACUCAUAGGUAUCUUCUACUGGACCCCCUUCGUUUCAGGUCAAGGAUGUACCACGACAGAACUGAAUGCUAUACGGAAUUGUAUAUCACCUUACAGUUCUCAGCUUUCUCCAUACUUCAGCACAGGUGGAACCUGCAAUCGCACCCUCAUCACACAGGUGUGCAGCGACUAUUCGGCCAUCGUUACGUGUGUGAACGGCGCCAGUCUGUCCACAUCAACAUGCAGACCCUACAUGAUUACACAGAUGGAUGCCGAACUAGCCAUUUCCUGUAAGGUGAACGACUUUGUUGUGACCUGUACAAACGCUUCACAACUCAACGAAGGCAGCCCUAAUCAAGGAUGUGAUCUGACAGAACUGACUGCUAUACGGCAAUGUAUAUCACCUUACAGCACUAACCUUAUCUCAUACUUCGGCAGAGGAGGAACCUGCAAUCGCACCCUGAUAACACAACAGGGAUGCAGCAACUAUGGCAACAUCGUUACGUGUGUGAACAACGCCAGUCUGUCCACAACAACAUGCAGACCCGUUAUGGUUUCCCAGAUGGACAACGUGCUGGCCAUUUCCUGUAAGGUGAACGACUUUGUUGGGACCUGUACAAGCGCUCCACAACUCAACGAAGGUAGCCCUAAUCAAGGAUGUGAUCUGACAGAACUGACUGCUAUACGGCAAAGUAUAUCACCUUACAGCACUGACCUUAUCUCCUACUUCGGCAGAGGAGGAACCUGCAAUCGCACCUUCAUAACACAACAGGUGUGCAGCAACUAUGGGAACAUCGUUACGUGUGUGAACAGCGCCAGUCUGUCCACAACAACAUGCAGACCCUACAUGGUUUCCCAGAUGGACAACGUGCUGGGCAUUUCAUGUAAGAUAAACGACUUUGCUGUGAACUGUACAAACGCGCCAAAAAUUAACGAAGGUUCAGGUGGUGCAAGCUGCCUCAACAGCGCUGGUGCUCAUGCGAUCUUUGUCGCCAUGGUGACCCACGUGAUUCUAGCAGUCUUUGCCUUCCCUGUGAGGAAUUCUUAGAAGUCCAGCUAAUUAAGCAACACUUGAUUGUCUUGAGUUUGGUUGUGAUUACUGUUAUAGAUUUGCUAUAAAAGCGACAACAUAUUUUACAUAGAUAUAGGGCCAGUAAGUUAUUUUUCCACAUUAAAAGAAAAUAACAUUAAAAGGGUAGAUUGUGUGUUUCCUCUCUUUUGUAUCAAUAUUAACAGUACAUCAUUGAUUGACUUAUUCGCUAUUUUUUAAUUCGGAUUCUAAUUUUAGCUUUUCAAAUUUUGUAUCAGUUGCCUAUAAAUAAACAUCUUUAGGAAGCUUGUAGUAAGAAAUAGACUAUAAACACUUCAAUUUUCAUUCUGUAUGGAGUAAACUUUCUGUGCUGUAAGUCGCAUUGUAUUUUUCUCUUCGUCCAUGUGGAAUGUUGUGUACAGUGUAGAGAAGGACUAGUAAUGCAGACAGGGAUAUCCCAUUCUAACAGGAAGCUACAAAUAAAUUGUUGUUAAAACGAAUCUGUUUAUUUACACCACUACCUUCUCAAUUGUCCAUCGAAACAUACUUUAUGGUCUUCCACAUUUGUGAUUUGUCUACCUAAUCACCACGAUGUGCACCUGUCGUGUUUGUCUAACGGUAAUAAAAGUUUCCCGAAAAAUUAA